GAAAGCUCUAUUCUAAAUUGAUAUCUUACCAAUCAGUACUCUUUGCAUUAUGGCGUUAAACUCACACCCCAAUAGAAUCUAUUUUUUUGUGUUUUACUUGUUCCUGUACUACAAAACAGCCUCUGCUUCCUCAGAUUUCUACGGCGCGACAUGCCCGAAAGCGCUUUCUACGAUAAGAAACGAAGUGACCAAGGCGGUGGCGAAGGAACACCGCAUGGGAGGGUCCUUGCUGCGCCUCCACUUUCAUGACUGCUUCGUUAAUGGAUGUGAUGCAUCUAUUUUGUUAGACGACACUUCAGAUUUCACGGGGGAGAAAACAGCAGCUCCAAAUAUAAAAUCCGUAAGGGGUUUCGAAGUGAUUGACACGAUAAAGUCUCAGUUAGAGAGUAUUUGCCCUGGGGUCGUUUCUUGUGCAGAUAUACUAGCUGUGGCAGCUCGUGAUUCUGUUGUUACAUUGGGAGGGCCUUCUUGGACUGUUCAGUUAGGUAGAAGAGACUCAAUGACAGCAAGUUUUAGUGGUGCAAACACCGAGCUCCCAUCCCCAAUAUUUAAUCUCAGUGACCUCAUAACUACCUUCUCACUUAAAGGAUUCACCGUUAAUGAAAUGGUAGCUCUUUCAGGAGCACAUACAACAGGGCAAGCAAGGUGUGUAUUUUUUCGAAAUCGGGUCCAUAACGAGACCAACAUCGAUUCGACAUUUGCGACAUCGCUAAAAUCAAACUGCACAAUAGACACAGGAGAUGAUGAGAACCUUUCUUCACUGGACAUAACAACUCCAGUUUGGUUUGACAAUGGAUAUUUCAAGAACUUGUUGAGCAGCAAGGGCCUCUUGCAUUCGGACCAGCAACUUUUCAGCGGCGGUUCGACGGACUCUCUGGUCACCAAGUACAGCAAUAAUGCUGAAACAUUUUACCAGGAUUUUUCCAACGCCAUGCUGAAAAUGAGCAACCUUAGCCUCCUCACAGGGACUGCCGGUCAGAUUCGCACCAAUUGCCGGAAAAUAAAUUGAUCAACUUUUAUAAAUCAUCUUAUCCUUGGAAUGACUAAAUAAAUCAUGUUGCAUGUGUUAUGAUUUUUCUAAAUCCUGGUCAGUACCUUAAUAGAGUUGUAAUACUUGAGU